UCUCUCCCCACGGGGCUGGGUAAGACCUUCGUGGCCGCCGUCGUCAUGUACAACUUCUACCGCUGGUUCCCCUCCGGCAAGGUGCUUUUCCUCGCCCCCACCAAGCCGUUGGUGGCUCAGCAGAUGGAGGCCUGCGCCCGCGUGAUGGGCAUCCCGGCCCGGCACAUGGCGGAGAUGACAGGGGGAAUCCAAGCUCUCAGCCGGAGGGAACUGUGGACUACCAAGAGAGUCUUUUUCCUUACGCCCCAAAUAAUGGUGAAUGAUCUUUCUCGUGGGACAUGUCCUGCCGUAGAGAUUAAAUGUUUGGUUAUUGAUGAAGCCCACAAAGCCCUUGGAAAUCACGCCUACUGUCAGGUUGUACGGGAACUAAGCAAAUACACAGAUCAGUUUCGGGUCUUGGCCCUCAGUGCCACACCAGGCAGCGAUACAAAGGCUGUGCAGCAAGUUGUUUCCAACUUACUCAUUGCGCAGAUAGAGCUCUGCGCUGAAGAUUCUCCGGAAAUCCAACCUUAUUCUCAUGAGAGACAAGUGGAAAAAAUCGUUGUUCCGCUUGGUGAAGAUUUGGUAGGAAUGCAGAAUGCUUACAUCCAGAGAGGAAUGCAAGACGGGGCAGGUGCCUUCAUCUCCUUUGUUAAGGGUCCCUGUGGGCAGCAGCCACCGGAGGGCCCCCUGCUCACGCUCAAGCCCCAUGCCAGCCGGCGCUCUCGGAUCCUGCUGCUCAACGAGAGGCUUUAG